AUGAGGUACUUAAAAGGCACUCUAGGCUAUGGUAUUACUAUUUCUUCAGGAGAUUGCAGUUCACUGUCAGCUUAUUGUGAUUCAGAUUGGGGUGGUUGCCCUAAUACCAGGAGGUCUACUUCAGGUUUUUGUGUUUUUCUUGGUCAAUCACUUAUCUCUUGGUCUUUUAAAAAGCAGCCUAUUAUCUCCAGAUCUUCAGCUGAGGCUGAGUACAAAUCCUUAAUAGUUGCUUCGGCAGAGAUGAUUGUUUUUGUUCCUUCUCACUUGCAAGUUGCAGACCUCUUCACCAAAGGCUUACUGCAUUCUCUUUUCACUACUUUAGCCAGCAAGAUGAUUUACAUCUGUUGUAAUUGUCUUAUAGUUACUGUGUCAGUCUAUAAAUGGCCUUUUCCUGUAUCUGGUCUCCUUUAUCGUACGUGUAAUAAUAAACUUUAG